AUGGCUCGGGACCGCAUAGUCACUACAGACCCUGAAGACAUUUCUCUCGUAUUGGACCUAUGGUACCUCCGCAUAUCCUCAUUAGCUAGGCUUCGGCUCACCAACCAAGCCUCCGCCGAGAUGAACAACCUCUUCUCCGUGCUCUACUCCCUCCAGCCCGACUUCGCGCGCGAGUACCUCCUCGACCGGCUCCUCCCGUUCGAGCUCGAGGUCCUGCACGCGCGCGGCAAGUACUGGGCGGGCGACCACAUGGGCUACCUCGACGCGCUCUGGGCGCUCGUCAGCAAGUGCCGGCGGAAGGCCAAGGACGCGCUGAGGCGGAAGGGGAGGCGGGUCGCUGCGGACGCGGGCGGCGCGGAGAAGGAGAUGUGGGUUGAGCGCGGGAGUAGGGUCGUGCUCAUCAUCGCGUCGCAGCUCAUUGAGAUGAAGGACUUUAUAGCUGCGACGAAAGUCCUCGCACCGCUACUAUCAGCCAGCCCGCGACCCGCGCCGGAGCUGCAGUCCGCAGUGGCCCGGAUAUACCUGCAGGCGGGCCACCUCUCCAUCGCAGCGCAGCAUAUCGCCGAAGUGGAGUCCCACCCCGCCGCAAGUCAAACCAUGAAGGACAUGAAUGCCGCGAUGCUCGCCACCGCAGAGGGCGACUGGGCUAAAGCGGCAGAGAUCCUUCAAGGGGUUCUAGCGAGGGAACCCGAAAACUUCGCGGCUGUGAACAACCUCGCGGUGGUCCUACUCAGCCAGGGUUUGAUCAAGGAGGGUAUCGACGUACUAGAGAAGGCACUAAGCACAUCGCCGUCUACUGUCGUAGUUGCAGAGCCCUUCUUGUUCAAUCUGUCGACGCUGUAUGAGCUUCGCUCCGCAACAGCAGCGCACAACAAACGCAACUUGCUCAUUGAGGUCGCCAAGUGGAGCGGGGACGGUCUGAAAACAGCUUGUCUCAAGAUGCCAUCGAAUUAA